ACCUUAGGUAAGACAAAACGAAUGAAGCCAAAGGAGGCGACAAGGAACCGGAUAAGCUGAAAAUGCUAAGUUGAUCAAGCUUUUUCAUUCACAUUUUCUUGAACAACUGAAAGUACCUAAGUGAGAAAGUUCAUUUUCCUUUCUUUGUCGGUAUGGCAGAUGGUAAAGAAGUAGCAGCUGCACAAGUUAAAUCAAUUUUCAUAUACCCAGUGAAAUCAUGCCGUGGCAUUUCAGUUUCUGAAGCACCCCUUUCUUCUACUAGAUUUCGAUGGGAUCGGCAGUGGGUAGUUGUAAACUCAAAAGGCAGAGCAUGUACUCAAAGAGUAGAGCCGUCGCUUGCUCUAGUCGAGGUUGAACUGCCUAAUGAAGCAUUAGCAGAGGGCUGGGAACCAAAUCCAAGCUCAUUUUUAGUGAUAAGAGCCCCUGGUAUGGAUGUGCUGAAAGUCCCACUGGUUGAACCAUCUGAAGUAGCAAACGGUGUCUCAGUGUGGGAAUGGUCUGGCUCUGCUUUGGAUGAAGGAGAUGAAGCAUCAAACUGGUUUUCCAAAUAUCUAGGGAAACCUAGUCGUCUCGUACGUUUCAAUGAAGUAUCAGAGUCUAGACCUACCGACGCAAAUUUUGCUCCUGGGUACAAAAUAAAAUUUAAUGAUGCGUAUCCCUUCCUCCUUAUAUCCCAGAAAUCACUGGAUGUAUUAAACGAACAACUCAAGGAGCCUGUUUCAAUUAACCGCUUCAGACCGAAUAUCCUCGUUGACGGAUCCGAUCCAUUUUGUGAAGAUUUAUGGAAGGAUAUCAAAAUAGGUGAAAAUACAUUUGGUAGCACAGAGCUAUGCUUUCGCUGCAAGGUCCCUACAAUCAAUCAAGAAACCGCAGAAGCAGGUCCCGAGCCAAGUGAAACGCUCAUGAAGUUCCGUUCAGAUAAAGUCUUAAACACAAAUAAGAAACAGCAAGGACGAAUUUACUUUGGUCAGAAUUUUGUGUGGGUUGAUUCCCUUGCACAAGAGAAGAGAAAGACUGUCAAAGUGGGAGAUCCUGUUUAUGUCCUCAAGAUGGUUUCAUCCUAUGUUGAUGUAUCUGUGUGAGACUACUUUUAUCUGUCACGUGAUGUAGAAUAGUGAAUUGGUAC